AAACAAAGACAAGUAUUUUAGAAAAUUGUAUAUUAGUUUUCUUGAGAGGAUGAAUAUCCAAUUUCACAACUUGCAAAAUCAGUGAACUAGAGAAGAAAAAACACACAGUGUAGCAUUGGCGCAACUUGUUCUUUUAGGAAAUCCCUAACCCUAACGGUUAGAUCAACCCCCAAAUCUCUCUUCUCUCUUUCAAUUCCCCAAACUAAAAACGCAAUGGUCAACGAAUCUGAACCCAAAGUUUGUGAUAAUGCAAUUCCACCACCAAAAUCUGAAAUCAAGAGGGAGUAUGAGGAUGAAGAUCAGAAUGAAGUGAUUGCAAAGAAGCAGAAAAGAGACGAGGUUGUUAUAAAACAAGAGGUUAAGGAGGAAACUAAUUCAGAUGAUGCUGAACAUGACAAGAAACUUGAAGCUAAAACUGAAUCUGAUACUGGUUGCGGAUCUUUGAAAUCUUCUGAUGAUGGUAUCUCAGAUCCUGAUUCUCACGGAAGCCCUGACGAGGAUAAUCCCGAAGAUUUGCAGAAUCCUGAGUACAACGAGGAAGAAAUAGAGGGACAAGUCUCCAUAACACCUCAGGAAAGGCACGAAACUCCAGCCAGACUAAACGAAAAGCAUGCUGCACCGAAGACAAUAAUUGUUAAAAACUUGUCAUAUAGUGUGGAGCGGGCGGAUAUGGAUGAUAUUUUCAAAGAUUGUGGUGAAGUUGUUGAUGUUCGAUUCAAGACAGAUUGCGAAGGGAGGUUUAAAGGCUAUGGAUAUGUCGAGUUUGGAACAGCAGAAGCAGCAGAAAAAGCUCUGAAAUUGAAUAAUACAGAACUAUUGAAUCGCCGCAUCAAAGUUGACAUAGCUCUAGAAAAGAGUGAAUAUCCCCCAUAUAGAAGCUCACAUACGGGUGGAGAUCUUCAGUCUCACACUGUAAAGGGUUUUGACGCAUCUCUUGUAGAAAACAAGCCUCAAAACUCAGCUACACCAAAUGAAACAAUCGGUGCAUCAAAGACCAUAUAUGUCAGAAACUUGUCAUACACCGUGGAACGAGCUGAUAUGGAAAACCUUUUCAAAGAUUGUGGAGAAAUUGUUGAUGUUCGUCUCCAUACAGACCGCGAAGGAAAUUUUAAAGGCCAUGGGCAUAUUCAGUUUGCAACAGCGGAAGCAGCACAAAAGGCUCUCGCGUUCAACAGGAAAGUAGUUUUUAACCGUCUCAUGUUUGUUGGUUUAGCUUCGGAAAGGGGUAAAUAUGCCCCCAAUGGAAGCAGCUGGGCCUGGAGCAGCUCAUUGCAUAAGGAUGAAAGAUUACAGUCUCAAACUGUACCUGUGAAGUGUAUUGAUACAUCUCUUCCGGAGGGCAAGUUGAGUUGUGCUAAGGAGGUUAAGGAUGUAGAGAUGUUUGAUGCUGCCCCUGCUGAGAAUAAAGUUCCUGAAACCCCAGCUAUACAAAAAGAGAAAAAUGCUGCAUCCAAAACAGUAUGUGUUAGAAACUUGUCAUUCGAUGUGGAACGGGCUGAAAUUGAAAAUAUUUUCAAAGAUUGUGGAGAAGUUGUUGAUGUCCGUCUCCAUGUGGAUGUGGAGUUUGCAAAUACAGAAGCAGCAGAAAAGGCUCUUGAGUUGGAUUACACAAGAUUGACAAACCAUCCCAUCAAAGUUGGUAUGGCUCCAGCAGAGGGUGAAUGUUUCCCCAAUAGAAGCAGCGUGAGCAUCCCAUUCUCGAAGUGCGAAACUUUUCAGCCUUUAACUGUAUUUGUGAUCGGAUUUGAUACUUCCAUUGCCGAAGAGAAGAUAAAAGCUAGCCUGAAGAAUCAUUUCAGUCCUUGUGGAGAGAUUACAAGGAUCUCAUUACCGAGAUUUCAUGAUUCUGGUACUAUUAAGGGGUUUGCUCAUUUGGACUUCAAGGAUAUUGAUGGCUAUAAGAAGGCACUGCAACUUGAUCAAACUGCAAUUGGCGAUUUUUGGUUGUCAGUUGUAAAAGCAAAGCCAAAGCAUAGACGUGAUAAUCAGGGUAUAAGUGGUGGCAGAGAUAACUAUCACGGUGGUGGUGGAAGGGAUGGAGGAGACUAUGGGGGUGGAGCGGGUUGGGGGAGAAGUCAUGGUGCUGGGAGGCACUAUUAGGGAGAAAUACAAGUUUUGCUGAAGAUGACUUGCAGAAGUUGCUCAAGUUUUUACCAUCUUCCAUGUACUUUUUUGAGUCUCUGGUAGUAUGCAAUGGUAAUAUUUAUUGCGAUUUUGUACUAUAGUGUAAUUUGGUUUACAUUUGUGGCUUAUUAUUAUGGAGCCAUAAUCAGUUUUGCGUAGAGAAGAAGUGCAUAGAUUGAUUAUGUUACUCACUAACAAUUUGGUAACUUAUAUUAAAUGUGAAUGUGAAUUUUAUUGUUGAUGAA